AUGGGAUCCGCAGCUCCAGCUAGGCUCUGCCACUCCAACUCCACCACGUCCAGUUUGUCAACCUCCCCUUCGCCCUCGCCCUCGCCCUUCCACCCUUCCUCUUUCCAUUCUUCGCAAGUUGUUCCACAUACCGACCCUGUUCCUCAGCCAGCCUCCUACCCCUCCUCCUCGUCGUCCUCCGCGCCCACCGUGAAUCCUUCGCUCGUACACGAUUCACAGAAUGAUCCGCCACCCGCUCAAACAUCAGGGCCUCCAAUCUCAGCUGUGUCGAUGACUUCGCUUCCCAAACCCUGCGGCCUCCCAGAUCGCGAUCGGUCUGCCGACCGUCAGCAUCCUCUCCAAAAUAGCCUUGGCUUCAACCAGGCUGGCAUUCCCUUAUCCAACACGCUUUCUGGCUUGAAUAAUGACCAUCCAUCCGGCCAUUCGUCUCCUAGAUUGCACCCAACUUACCGUUCACUGCACUCCUUGGGUCCCUCUGAAAUAGCCACCCCGAGUCGCAUCCAGGUCCACGGCUUGUCCCAUAUUCGCAGCUUUGCCAACGAGGAGAUCCUCGCCUCAUCCAGACGCUUCCAGGCUCAAGACCAAGGCAACGGCGGCCGUUGCCGGCAGGAUGUCGGCCGCCAGUAUGAGAUCAGCUCGAUGCCAGUCACAGAUAUCAUCGAAAUGGUUGCUGGCCUGUUGACCAAGAUAACCACAACCAAUGAUCAGCAACAUCAACAUAACCAUCGGAGCAUUCCGCCAGUUGACAACACACGAGGCAUCAGUGCUCAGACCACCAGCGUGCUCGCUUUCCAUGGAAAAAACGUCCCAAGCAUUACUAUUCUGAGUUAUCUGAGCCGCAUACACAAGUACUGCCCAACCACCUAUGAAGUUUUCCUAAGCCUGCUAGUCUACUUCGACCGCAUGACCGAGAUGGCAAAUACAGGUUUUAUCCACAGCUUGCAACAAAGGUCCGAUCAAUACAGGAGCGGUGUGGGCCCACAUUCUUCUUCCUCACCCUCCUUCCCGUCUACGGUUAAUUCAAACCGUCCCACUACACGCGAUUCUAUCGCCACGCCCCCCUCCUCCAUUCAGAUGCGGGCGCGAGACACCGAUCCACCCUCCCCAUCCCCACCUAACGAAAUAUAUUCACAGUCCAUCGUGCCUUCUAGCACUGUCCUGGAAACAUGCGAAGACGACAUACUCAGUCUCCCUCAUUACUUUGUGGUCGACAGUUUCAACAUCCACCGCCUAGUUAUCGCAGGUGUGACUUGUGCGAGCAAGUUUUUCUCUGAUGUCUUCUACACCAACUCUAGAUACGCCAAGGUUGGUGGCCUCCCUCUCCUCGAGCUUAACCACCUUGAACUUCAAUUCCUCCUCCUAAAUGACUUCCGUCUUGCCGUUCCCGUUGAAGAGCUGGAAGCCUAUGGCACAAUGCUUGUUGAGUUCUAUGCGAGAGAAGUGGUAGCGCAACAGCAGCAGCAACUGCCUCAGCAGCCACAGAGCCCUGGCGAGAGUCAAGACUCCUUCAGCAUGACAGGCCGCCGAGCGAAGGAGGGCCCUCAUAUUCAACGGUGUCCUAUCCGAGGGGAAUUUCUCGUGCAAGGAAAUGUUUCGCUAACCCCGACCCCUCCCUAACGAUUUUAUUGAUCCGGAUUGUCCUCUUCAUUAUGAGAUGUAGCAUUGUCAAAGGAGUAGACAAUGGGACCCUAUUUACCACCAGGGAUCAAAGAAAUAUAGAGUUUUGAUUUUUUAAUUUUUUCGCUCACUCGCUCUUUUCUGUUUGUGUGCUGGUGUUGAUUCAAUUGAGACGAAAGAUACCACGAGACUAGGUGAUCGACAGAAUCAUUGUUGUUUUCUCUCCACGCUGGCUUUUCUAAUCCUUUUUUUUUUUUAAAUAAAAACCAAAUCUAUAAUUAUUGUGGAAAAAAGAACCACAGGAAUAAAAUUUA